GGAGUUCAAUCAUACAGGUCUGUCUCCAAUUGCCAUGUCCUCAUCAUGCAAUCGGCAAAAUAUCAUUGGUCUUCCGUCGUCAGCUAACACCGACGGGCCGCGCAGCGCAAAGGGGAAAAACGAGCGCGGCACACUCAGCCAGGCAGCUGUGUCUGAUGAAUUGAAUUACCCGUCCGUCGGCCAUGCCAUGCAAGCAUUAAGGCAGCAGCACCCAGGCACACCAUAAUGGAAGGAAGGAAGACUAUGAUACACAAGACGCAUCACGUAAGUGGCGGGCAGCGUCCAUGCAGUCGGUGGCCGCAUCGCCCCUGCUGUGUCUUGACACGGCAAUGAAUGCAUAUGCACACACAUGAGACAUGAACACCGGACCGGGCCCCUCUAUGUCAGCCUCAGCUACCCACCCAUCCAUCCAUCCAUGGUGUGGUCCCUUGAUAAAACGCAGACCCAUACCACAUAAGGUGAUCGUGCAUGAUGCACCACGUACAUAAAUAGCCAUGGUGCGAUUAUGAAUCCAUCCAUCGGUCAAUCCAUCCAUCCAUCCAUCAGUCAGCCACGAGUGAGCCCAUCGUCAUUCUUUGACGAUGCGGUUUCCAUGCAGCGCACAGGAGAGACACAAUGCAGUGCGAUGGAUAGAUAGAAACAUCGGCAGGGAGUUCCUUCAUUCACACGUCGCACAAAGCAGCGAGGAGACAGCUCAUCGCACAAAGCACUUCAUCGCCAAAACUUUACAUAUCCCCCCGCCCCUCCUCCCCUCGCGCCAUUCGAUCAGCUCGUCAGGUGGGCCUCUGGCGGCGGCUGUGUGCCGUUGAUAGCGCGCAGCUUGUGGAUGUAGCGCAUCGCCGAUUCCAUGAAGUAGUCCAUAGUCUCGGCAUUGGUCGACACUUUGUUCUUGCUGGCGAAGUAGGUGAAGAAGAAGAAUUCAAAGAAUGCGAGCAGCACCAGCAGCACGAGGUUGUCCCGCAGGAUGCUCCGCCAGUUGAUGUCGGCGAGUUUGGUGGUGGAGGGCGAGAUGAGGGGCACCAGCAGCACCCAGGCCACGCCCGUCAUGAUGACACCCACAUUGAACCAGAUGGCGUCGAAGACCAGCUUGGCGUUGGCGUGUCGACGCCGCGUCCGCUCCUCCAGCGCCUUGAGCCGCUUCUCCUCCAGAUACUUGUCGACGUACUUGUCGACUGUCGAGGGGUCGGACGCGGAUAAGUCGUCAAGCAGCUCGUCGUCGGUCCGCAAAAUCUGUUGCGCCUGCGCCUCAGUCAUGUUGAGAGCCUCCCAAUACGGCACCCCGUCGGACGACGCCAGCACAGACUUGGUGUGCCGGAACACGUCCGCCUGCAGCCGUAGCUGGCCUAUCAGCUGAUCGCGGGCAGCCUGAGGGGAUGGAUAACCAGGUUGGAUGGAUGGAUGGAAACCGCGUGUGUGUAUUGUAUGGUUCUUCCCUUAUUGUGUUGUUGUGUGACUGAGUCACCUCACCUUGUCGGUGAGUAUUUUGACGCUGUGGUAGAGGAUCCACCUGCCCUCUUUGGUCCUCUCGAGGUCGUGGACGGUGUCCUUGGCGAAAAUGUAGCCGGCGUUGUUCAUGGUCUCCAUGUAGGAGUCGGUCUCCACACGCGUCACGUAGAUGAACUGCACACACACCAUUCAGCCAGAUACGAUACAGCCAUCUGUGACUGACGUGACACUCCACCUUCACUUGACUCGUCCGCUCACGUAAAAAAGGGUUUCGACAACCACAAUCAGGGAGAUGUGAAAGAGGGCACUGACACAGCAGGCAGGGCACAAUGAAUGGCACACGAGUGAGAAAAGCAGCACAGCACAGCACAGCCACCCCAACGGUUUGUGGCUUCUCUUCUCACCUUGUGAUGAUACGGUAGAAGUCCUUGGAUAUCCGUAGCCGUGUCCUUGAUAUGCAGGCUAGGGCAGCGGUGGUGCAGCGACAAAAGACCUUGGUGCUCGCGCUGACGGCCGAAGGGGUGGUGACCGGGAUGAAGCCAGAUGAGAGAUCCUCGUAACUGUCAGGCCUCGUUGGGAGUGACCGCGCUGUUGGCGACAUGUGGCCGCAUGACUCAGCAUCUGUGGCCAUCGUGAGUCGCUCCUCGACCGGAAGCGACAGCCUUAGACAGAUAGGGACGACAGCUCUCUGACGCGCAGAUCUAUCCUGGAAAGGGGGUACGCCGAUGAGGAGCCACGUACUGUGUGCUCUAAGCCCUCGUCGCUUCC